AAACACGGAGAACGAUCUCUCAGGCUCCCGAGAUGAUCUAUGUGGAGCCCCGGGCAGUGCUUUCCAGUUAGAUGGACAGAGCUUCAGGCUGGAGGGCGACAGCUCCUUUGGGUCUCUGCUCAUUCCCGAUGCUCAGGGAAAGUCUCAAUCCUCGGCGAACGAUUCAAACAGGAACGAGCUACCGGAGGCUUUUGUGUUGCUCCUCUCCUUAGCGGGGAAGAGGGUUUGCUGGUCAGGGAGCGGGGAGUCGCCUGCGGACGCUGACAGUGGAGAAAGCUGAUGGCUCAGUGUUUGGGACCGGUCCACAGCCCCUUCACCCAUCUCGCCCAGAUACUCUGUUGCCUGGUGCUGGCCGGCUGUGUGGAAGCAGCGGGAGGAGGAAGAAGCAACAAACUGAAUCCAGAGUAUCAAACACACAGUCACAUCAUAAAAUAUGAAACAAUGGUACCCCAGUGGCUAAACUCAGGACCAUUGGAACACCCUCCAUCUCAGAAUGAGCAUCCGACCUGGGCCGAAGUUCAAGUCACAGCUGAAGGAAGACAUUAUAUUCUGGAGAUUCAGAAAAAUGAGCAAUUGAUGGCACUAGGUUAUGCCGAGACUCACUACAGCCCUACUGGAGAGCAAAGAACUAGCUAUCCUGACCACAAGUCACACUGCUUGUACCAUGGCAAUGUGAAAGGCUUCAAACACUCCAGUGUCGUACUGAGCACUUGCAGAGGACUCCGGGGCUUGAUCAUUCUAAAUGCGAACCUCAGUUACUUGGUGCAACCCCUUGAAGAUAGCCUUGACCAUCACCUUAUCUAUAGGACUGAACACGUAAAACUUAAAAGAGGGACAUGUGGACAUCAAGAGAGCAAACAUGAGGAAAAUUGGGUCAAAGAUUUCACCAGCCAAUUUCAUCCAGCACAUCACCGGGAAAAGAGAGAUGUGGUGAAGGAUAUGAAGUAUGUGGAGCUGUAUGUAGUGGCCGAUUAUGCUGAGUUUCAGAAGCAUAACUGGGACCUGGAGAAGACCAAACUGAAAUUGAAGGAAACUGUAAACUAUGUUGAUAAGUAUUAUAGGUCUCUGAAUAUCAGGGUUGCCUUGGUUCACCUGGAGGUGUGGACUCAUGAGAACAAGUGUGAUGUGAGGGAGGAUCCCUACAUCACGCUGUGGUCCUUUUUAAAGUGGAGACGGCAGACACUGAUCCGAAGGAAGCAUGAUAAUGCACAACUGAUCACGGGGAUCUCCUUUAAUGGCACGACGAUUGGGUUUGCACCUCUGAUGGGCAUGUGCUCAGAUUACCAGUCAGGAGGGAUAAAUAUGGAUCACUCGGACAGCGCGAUUGGAGUUGCAGCUACCAUGGCACAUGAAAUGGGACACAACUUUGGGAUGAGCCAUGAUGCUGAUGGCUGCUGUACAGCUCGUCCAGAGGAUGGAGGAUGCAUCAUGGCCGCAGCCACUGGUGACCCAUUUCCCAAAGUCUUCAACAAAUGCAAUGAGAAGGAGCUUCAGAAAUAUCUGAACAACGGUGGAGGGAUGUGUCUCUUCAACAUGCCUGACACAAACACUCUGUACGGAGGCCGAAGAUGCGGGAAUGGCUAUGUGGAGGAAGGCGAGCAGUGUGACUGUGGAGAAGUUGAGGAAUGCAACAACCCCUGUUGCCAUGCUAAUAACUGCACCUUGAAAAGGAAUGCUGAAUGCGCUCAUGGAAUCUGUUGUGAGAAGUGCAAGUUAAAAGCCCCUGGCUCUGUCUGUAGGGCAUCAUCGGGACCAUGUGACCUACCUGAGUAUUGCUCUGGCAACUCCGAGUUCUGUCCGGCCAAUUUCUACAAAAUGGAUGGUGCCAGCUGUGAUGGAGGACGGGCUUCUUGCUACAAUGGGAUGUGUCUAACUUACGAUAGCCAGUGUGUGCUUCUAUGGGGCCCUGGGGCUCAGGCUGCUCCAGCAGAAUGCUUCAAGAUGGUGAACAAUGCGGGGGACACAUACGGGAACUGUGGCAGAGGUCCUGGAGGAAGUUACCGCAAAUGUGAGACCAGGAAUGCCAAGUGCGGGAAAAUACAGUGUCAAAGUGCAGCCCAGAAGCCCCUGGACACAAAUGCAGUUGCCAUAGACACCACGAUAAUCUUGGAUGGGAGGAAGGUGCAGUGCAGAGGAACCCAUGUGUACAUGACUCCAGAGCUGGAAGGGGACAUGCUGGAUCCAGGGCUGGUCAUGACUGGAACAAAAUGUACCGAGAAGCAUAUAUGCUUUGAAGGGCAAUGUCAGAAUGCUUCGUUCCUGGAGGCAGAUGAAUGUAUCGCAAAAUGCCACAACCAUGGGGUUUGUAACAACAAGCAUAACUGUCACUGUGAGCCGGGCUGGGCACCUCCAUUCUGUAACAAACCAGGAUACGGUGGCAGCAUGGAUGGUGGAGUUGGAGCGCCAGACUACAACAGCCUGAUUGUGGCGGGAAUCGUGGUGCCAAUUAUAUUGUUGCUGUGUGGCAUUGCAGUAACUCUGCAUUACUGCUAUCGACGGAGACACAACAUCUCCCCGAAGGACAUCAGGAACCUAGGGCCUAAUGACAAACAAUUCUGCGAUAAUAAUGUGGACCAGAAAAUUAAAAACGGCCACUCAAAUCCAACCUUCCAAAUCCGAAACAAAGAUACAAAGAAUGGACCACAAGAGAGUCCUGCAUUGCCUCAAAAACCACUAUUACCUCACUCUCUUCCUACUCAGCGUCCUGUUUUAAUACUACCAAGUCUUCGGCCUACCUCUCCAACCAAUGAUGGUCAGCAGGACAGCAGAGCGCCCACCCAUAUUGCAGCACGGGUUUAUUCUCCAGCAUCUUUAGAAUAUGCCAAUAUUAAACCCUUAAAACAAACACCUCCUAAUAGACCCUUGCCAGCAGACCCACUCCCAAAGACUUCAAAGGUUUUACAGAGAGUAGCAGUGUACAACAGUAACCUGAGCCUCCAGACGAGUAACAAAACUGCUCGAGAGAAGCUACAGAAGAACAUAGCUCAUUUUGAAACCAACUCAUACAAAAGGGAACACGUACAACCUGUGCCACAGAAACUGAGGAGAUAAAGGCUAUGGAGAGACAUCCCUGGAACUCUUCAAGAGCCGCUUGCACUAUCCUGAUCUCUGUUGUCUGAAGAUCUCUCAAUAUCAAUGCUAACCGAACAAUGAAUGUGACAUCCAUUUCAAUAGCACCCUAUAUAUGUUGGAAACUUUUGUUUUUACAAUGAGCACGGUCAAACUUGCAAUCCAAAACAAGUCAUCUCAAGUAAUUCUUUUGAUUAAGCAUUUUCAGGAGAUGGGAACAAAUUCCUCGGGAGCUUGAAAGACCAAUUUUUGCUUCCAUUCACUUAUUCUGUGCUAAAACAUAAAUGAAUCCCUCAGGUGACAGGGUUCAGUGGGUGCCUUCUAUCUCCUUAUACCUGCCAGCAGAUGCCAUUCAGCAGGCUUGAGCUGGAAUGAUGUGAUUUGACGAGUUAUUCGAUAUUAAGGAAUCGCACACUCCACUUCAAUUGCCCAACUUCCAGUUUUGGAUUCAGUUGAGUUUAGGAAACUGAGGAAUGAUUAUAACAAGUCGUGUAAAAUGUUAAAAUCAUUCAACAGAACAAAACCUAACCUAUGGUGAGAGAAUUGAGACCAAGUGGCCAUAACCUUCUAAAUGCUUCCCAUUUCCAAUAACGAUCAGGGGAUAACCAUCAGGAGCAGAGAAAACUCUCUUGACAUCCCAGAAGUAGUGAUAAGUUUGGAAAUAGAUGGAAGGGAGGAACUCAGGAAAAUCUUAAUCGCCAGAGAAGUGGUACUGAACAAAUAACAGAACGUUGGGCUGACAAGAGAGUAUCCCCUGGCGGAUUUCAUCUUAGGGAGGAUAGAAGUUUGGUUGACCAAUGGGAAGUCGAGAGUAGGCAUAAGUGGGUCUUUUUCAGGUUGGUGAAAUAUAACAUGUGACCACAGGGAUCAGUGCUGGGGCCUCAAAUAUCUACAAUUUAUUUUAAUGCCUUGGAUGAAGGGGCUGAAGGUAUGGUUGUCACAUUUACACAGAUAGGUAUGAAAUAGGUUGUGAGGAGGGCAUAAGGAGGUUACAAAACGAUAUAAAUACAUUCAUUGAGUUGUCAAAGAUCAGGCAAAUGGUAUACAAUGUGGGAAACAUGAAAUUGUGCUUUUUGGAAUGAAGAAUUAACAGGAAGCAUAUUAUCUAAGUAGGAAGGAUUGCAGAAGCAUCUAGGUGUCCCUGAGAAUGAAUUGAAAAAGGUUAAUGUAUAGGCACAGCAAGUGAUUAGGAAAGCUAACAGAAUAUUCUCACUUUUAGUGAGGGGAAUUGAUUGCAAACGUCGGGAGAUUAUGUUUCAAUUAUACAGGACAGUGGUGAAACCAUAUCUUGUCUACAGUAUUGAUCCCAGGAAGGAUGUAAACUUGGUGAAAGCAAUUCAGGGAAAGUUUACCGUUGACCACAAACUGAACUGGACCACCAUAUAAAUACAAUGGCUUCACGAGCAAGUCAAAGGUAAGGAUCCUACAGCAAGUAACUCAUUGCCUGACUGCCCUAAUUCUGCCCACCACCUACAAGGCACAAGUCAGGAGCGUGAUGGAAAACUCCUCUGGAUGAGAACAGUUUCAACAGCAUUUGUGAAGCAAUACCAUUCUUGAUAAAGCUGCCCACAUGAUUGGCACCCAAUCCACCACCUUCCACACAUUCACUCCCUAUAUCAGAGUGGCAGCAAUGUUGUACUAUCUCUGAAAUGUUUGCAAUAACUCAAUAAGACCCUGCACCAGCAAUUUCCAAACCCGUGAACUCUACCACUUAGAAGGAAAAUGGCAGCAGAUGCAUGGUAUCAGCACAACUUGUAAUUUCCCUUCCAAGUCAUAAUUCAUCUCAUUUGGAAUACAUUGGUUAAUAGAGUGGUGAAAAUACUUUCAAAAGUGACUUUCGGAAAGGAAUUCCAGAAGUAAUCGAACAAAAGAAAUUACAGUGCUGUGGGAAAGGGGUAGGGGAGUGUGACUCAUUGGAUAAUUCUGCCAUCGGCAUAGCAUAGGCACAAUAGGCCAAAUGAAGGUGGGUAUUGUCACAUAUUACCAUUGAUUGUUGGAUGUGGUGUGUCUAGAAAAAUUGGCCUGAAUUAUAGCUGACACAUAGGUGGCGGGGAAAGUGGUGGGGGUGACAGAGGUUGAGAGAAGGGCAAAGAUUAAGAUGGGAAUCUUGGAUCCCAACUCCAGACUGUGCAUGUUCCCCACCCAGAAGCCAGGUUUGAAUACCUAACUGGGUUGGAAAGAUUUUGGAGCACACUGCAGGAUCCAAUCCAUGUCCCUGUGCCAGGAGGUCUGAACCUAUAGCCCAGGGACCGUUUUGCUUUGGGAUCUGGUUGGAGGGCUGGAGGCUGGGUGUGGGAGUGGAUGGGGAGUACUCCUGCUGCAAAGGGACUCAUGUCAUCACUAAAUUAUAGUUUCUGACCUGACCCAACCCACUCUUUUCUGAAUGUUAAAAUUCACUGCGUAAUGUCCCUUGAUUCUUCUGUCUCAGUUUUCCGUCCUCACUUUGAGCUGCUGAAACUGAGAUAUGGUUCAGGGGGCUAGUUCUCCCCUCUGAACUAGAAUAUUGUAGCUUCAAGAUCCACUGCACAAACGUGAGCUCAUAAUUGAGGCUGACACUCAAGUGCAGUGUUGCUUUGUCAGAAGAUCUUCAUCUUUGAGAUGAAAUUCUAAACUAAGGUUCAGCUGCUCUUAUCAGACAGACUCAUAUUUGGAACAGGCAAGUUCAAAUUGUGUCCUGAACCUCAUUGGAAAGCACCCCAGUACUUUCUUUUAAAAUUCCUCAUUCUGGUUUAGAAAUCCCCCUGUGGUGUCUCAUUUCCCUCAGUCUGUAACAACUUUCAACCAAAUGACUAAGAUUUCUGCAUUUGCUAAUUCUGGCCUCAUGACCAUCCUCGAUUUUAAUUAGUUCACUAUUGGUAAUGAUGCCUGCACUUAACUGUCCCUAAAUUCUUGUGAUUCUCCCUCUAAAGCUUUUCAGUCUGCAUAUCUUUGCCUGUCUGAUGGUCCUUGAAAUUUGCAUCUUUGACCGAGCACAUUUUGUUAUUUUACCAGGUUAGAAGCUCUGUAUAAAUGCAAUUUGUCAUUGUGGUAGCCCAAUGGGUUUACUUGAUUCUAUCACAGUGUGUUCAUACUGUCAAACAGACCACCGGGUGCCUGAGGAGCCUGUGUAAUAUUAAACAGUACAAGAAUGUAACAAUUCAAGGUGAUGAUUCCUUAAUACACUUAAUAACUGACCUCAGUUGUUUGGACGAUGGAUAAUUGUUCUGAGCAGCUUUAGGGGUGGUUCUGGUUGACAGGAAAGGAAUCAGUUUGGAAGGCCCCACCAUGGUUCAAAGGCACCUGUUGGUGUGGAAUACUGGUACAAAGCUGACCCAGGAACAAAAGCAGUAAUUGCUGGAAAAACUUGGUGGGCCUGGCAGCAUCUUUUUUUAAGAUUAAUUCACAGGAUGAGGGCAUUAUUUAUUGCCCAUCCUUUAUUGCCCAGGGGGCAGUUAAGAGUGAACCACAUUGCCGCAGGUCUGGAAUUGCAUGUAGGCCAGACUGAGUAAGGAUGGCAGAUUUCCUUCCCUAAAGGACAUUAGAGAACCAGAUGGGUUUAUCUUGACAAUUGACAAUUGAUUCAUGGUCAUCAUCAGACUCCAGAUAUUUAUUGAAUUUAAAUUUCACUGUCUGCCUUGGCAGGAUUUGAACUUGGGACCCCAGAACAUUACUUAGGCCGACUGGCCUAAUAGUCCAGCGAGAAAAACCGCUAGACCAUUGCCUCCCCCAAGGGUUAAUGUUUCGGGUUCAGUGACCUUUCAUCAAAGCUUGUCCGAAGAAGUCACUGGACCUGAAACGCUAACUCUGCUUCCUCCCAACGGAUGCUGCCAGACUUGCUGAGUUUCUCCAGUGAUUUUUGCUUUCCUUUCAAGUUUACAGCAUCCACAAUUUUUUUUAUCCUCUGCCUCAGAGCUGACCUAAGCUUCACACACCCCCGUGUCACCACUGCUCAUUGCGUUCACUCCAGAAGCUGUGAACUGGCUAGAGUCAAGAACGGAGGUGAGAUGAGCAAUAUGAGAAGGACCUCAUGAUGAGCCCUUCUAGAUUCCCCAAGCUGACCCUAAAGAAAUCCAGAAAAGUCUGGAAAUACUCCAUAAACCAGGCAGCAUCUGUGGAGAGAGGAACAGAGUUAAAGUUUCAGGUUGAUGACCUUUCAUCAAAUUUUAUUCAGAUUCCCAGCAUCUGUAAUAUAUUGACUUGUGAAGACUUUACUCACUCCAUUCAUUACUUUUUUAAGAAAGGGGUCCCAGAGGAGUUGUGGAAAAAUCUUUAUUCAAUUAUUUUACUCACUGUACCUUCUAAACAUGUUUGGGUUUUAGAAUUUACCAGCGACAAUGUAUGCUUUUGUGAAGGGGGGUUGAAUCUAGACUUCAGGAAAAUAAAUGGUGUUUUAACAGUUUUUCAAUGGUGCGCAAAUGUUUCAUAUCAGGACAACAUAGUCAUGGUUUUUUAAAAAAUUGCUACUUUGAAUUAUGCAUAACUGGGUGAUGCAAAAAAAAACUUGAACACCAUGACUUGUGCCUUCGCCUUAUUUAUUAUGUUAAUAAAGUUAAUG